AUGGCGCACCAAGAAACUGUGCCGUUCCCGCGUUUACUGCCAAUUCUGGUGAUGCUAAUGGCGUCUGUCGCCGGCGGCAUCGGGGUGGCAGAAGCUCGGCGUAGUCUGUUAAACCACAGCCCUCUGAAUACACCCCCGCCGCUGCCAUCAGUGCCUCCGGUGAACGUCCCUCCUCCUCCUCCGUUGCCAUCAGUGUCUCAAGUAGUGACUUUUCCUCCACUGAAUCUUCCAUUUGUGCCUCCACUGCCACGUCUUCCUCCAUUCAAUCUUCCACUUGUGCCUCCACUGCCACGUCUUCCUCCACUGAAUCUUCCGCCGCUGCCAUUAGUGCCUCCGGUGAGCGUUCCGCCACUGCCAUCAUUGCCUCCGGUGACCAUCCCGCCGCUGCCAUCACUGCCUCCGUUGACCAUCCCGCCGCUGCCAUCACUGCCUCCGGUGACUAUUCCUAUUCCUCCAGUGACUCUUCCAUUAGUGCCUCCAGUGACUCUUCCUCCGGUGCCUCCGGUGACUCUUCCUCCGGUGCCUCCAGUUACUCUUCCUCUGGUGCCUCCGGUUACUCUUCCUCCAGUGCCUCCAGUUACUCUUCCUCCAGUGACUCUUCCACCGCUGCCAUUAGUGCCUCCGGCACUACCAUAA